UAUCCUUACCUCAGCCUACCCUACCAGUCAGUACCGUCGACACGGACUCCCAGCACAAACAAUACCAGCAAAGCACCUGCUAGUCUGCUAAACUACUUACUGACUGCCAGACUGCUAAUCUGCUAGUCUGGACUGGGCGCUCACUUCUCCCCUCCUCCUCCUCUACUCCAGAUCCCCUUUUGUGUGUCUGCGUCUUGCCUCACCCAACCCACACAGCUCGACUAGGGACAGGUCAGCGUAGGCCCUAGCUCUGCUGCACUUGGGACCGUUACUGGACUAGACAAGGGCACCCGAGCCCCCCUGGCGAAUUGAACUACUACUACUCAUCGCCUAUUUCCUUUACCCGCCCGCUGAACAAAGCUCUGGCCACUCACGUCCGCCUCUUGCGCGUCAACCGCUCGUCCUCAAUCACCGAGUCUCCAGCAGCCGACCCUUGACCCUUCUUGCUAGACGAGACCCGAACCACUCCAUCGCCCUGGUGUCUUUUCGAAAACACUGCCUGCCACCUCCUUUCUGAAUACCUUCGAUCCAGCAGCCAGUCUUGCAUCCUUCCCACCGAGGCCCCCUACUGACCUCCAGUCCACUCCACUCGACCCGACCCGACUCGACUCGAAUCGACCUGAACACCCCUUCGUUCCUUGCCUCGGGCCCAACCAACCGCAGCCUCGCACUCAAAGCCCUCUCAAGUCACAAAGGUCUCCCGGCUCGAUGGCUCACAUUUAGGUCUCGGGCGCAUCUCAACUAGGCUGGCCAUUGCCACAAUGCUUAUGACACAGACCGCAGUCUCCGCACUAUCUCAUCAGGGUCAGCACAACAACUCCUACGCUACACGCGGUCAGCCUGCUGCCGACCGCUUCGACGCUGAUUCUACACCGUCAAACUACUCGACCGGCCAGGCGUUGGUCGACCCACACUCCCGACAGAACCAAACCACUACAUACUACCAGCCCUACCCCAUGAACGGCAUCGUGGGCACCGCGCCUCCGGGUGCCAUGUACGUCCGUGCCCUGUAUGAUUACGAGGCAGACGACAGGACAAGCCUGAGCUUCCACGAGGGCGAUGUCAUACAGGUCAUCACGCAGCUGGAAAGCGGCUGGUGGGACGGCGUCAUCAACGGUGUCCGAGGCUGGUUCCCAAGCAACUACUGCCAGAUCAUCACGAGCCCCGACGACCUUCCCGACUCCGAGCAACAAGACAAUGGCUUUGGCGAGCAGCCGGAAGAGGAAAUCGACGAGGACCCAUACGACGACAACGACGAUGCCGACAUGUCAGAGUUGGAGGAGCUGCCGCUGGAAGGCACGAGUGCGGGCGACAGGUCCAAGGCCGACUAUUGGAUCCCCCAGGCCACCCCCGACGGCCGCCUCUUCUACUACAACACCAUGACCGGGGAGAGCAGCUCCGAGUUGCCCUUGGAGUCGCCCUCGUCCGCCACCGAGGCUGGGCCACGAGACAGGAUGAACGUCAACAUGCCCGAUAGGACAAGGCCGCCUCCCGAGAUGAUGGCCAGGGGUCUGACGCAGGACGAGGACGAGGACUCCGAGGCAACUUCCGCGUCCGAACUUGAGGGCGAGAACCUCAUGUUUGGCCGCAUGGCUAAGAAUCGGCGUUCCAUGAGCAAGGAUGGCAUAUCUCCCGCGCCGUCGCUCGACUCGAUACACGGGCAGUACUCGUUCGGCAAGGGUAACGGGGCUCCAGCAGGGACACGAACGACAGACUCCGCACCGACGUUCACUGCCGGGGCAACUUUUAACCUUCCUACAGCCGCAACCAUACCCCGCUCUUUCUUUGACGAUGGCCAGACUCCACCGCUCACAUGGAGCCGGCUGGUAUCCAACAUGAAGAAGGCGAUUGACCGCUACCGCGAGGCGAUCAACAAUGGCAACAAGUCGGAAUAUGUAGCCCGGGCCGAAGACAUCUCAGAUCAUCUGCGGCUGCUCUUAGCAGCGGGCUCUGGCACCACAGACAACCACUCCGGCCAGCCCUCAAUCAUCUCCACCAACAAAGCAUUGUAUCCUCACUUUAGGGACAUGAUGUCCAAAUUCUCAAAGCUUGUCGUCUCUUCCCACAUUGCCGCUAGCGAUUUCCCGGCCCCGGAGUCCGGUCCGAAAUGUCUGCAAGAGGCUGAUGGGGUCUUGCUUGGUGUAUUCUCUUACGUGGAGGUUGCAAGGCAACAGAGAGGGGAAGAGAUCCCCCGGCUGUUCCCCGGGUUUGUGAUCGGCAGCACGACCGGCGGCAGCUGGCAAAAUAACGGCUUGGGCCCCCGAGACCCGAUCACGUCAAAUUUCCUGGAUGACGAGGAGGGCGUGGUAGAGCCGACGGCGCUUCUCGACGGCAAACUCCUGGAACGGCUCGACGAGCUCAAGCGCAUGCUGGUCUCCGGGAUCCGAGAGCUGGACAAGCAACUUGUGGUACCGGACAAGAUCGUCACUCCGUUCAAGCACGAGGUUAUUAGCAACAAUGUCUGCUCUGCCGGAGGCAGGGUCAUCGAAAACUUCAAGCCUUGGAUAGCCAUGAUCGAGUCCAUCGACCUGUCGUCGCUCGAGAACAGCUUCCAGACCCCACAGCUUACCGAUUUCAGCAUCAACAAGCAGAGCCUGUACGACAACAUAUCCGACUUGAUCCUGGGAUGCCAGUCCGUUGCAGGGCCGCUCGCCGAUGAAUGGUCCGAGGUCCGGGGAGAGUCGCUGGAGAACAGGCUCGAAUACGUUAGGCAGUGCGCCCGGGCCCUUGAGACAAACUCUUCCCACAUCGGGUUCUCCCUCCAGUUGUUGUCAGAGCAGGUCCAGAUCAACCUUCAGCAGCAAGCGGAGGCUCGUGCCAGGGAGGAACAGCUCCAGCGACAGCAGCUGACCCGAGGGGAGACGAUGGCUUACGGGGCACAUGGCAGGACGGACUCGCGCGCAGUAACGCGCCCACCUCUGAUGACUUCUCAAUCAUACACCGAAGGCGACUCCAAUAUCGCCAACAACCUGGCCAGAGGGGCCGGGACCUACUCCAAGGUCAAGAAGAUCUUUGGAGAAGAUCCUACACCACAACAGACCGCGAUGGAUGAAACCCCAGACUACUUACGGCUGGAGUACGAGCACGAGCUUGCAUGGGACUACAAGACGACGCCGCCCGCAAUUAGGGGAGGAUCUCUGAUGGCACUGGCGGAACAGCUCACUCGACACGACAAGCUGGACUCAAACUUCAACAACACUUUCCUUCUCACCUACCGGUCCUUUACGACUGCCAGGGAGCUCUUCGAGCUAUUGGUCCACAGAUUCGGCAUCCAGCCCCCCGAGGGGCUGUCGCCCGCCGACUUUGAGAAUUGGCGGGAGAGAAAACAGAGCCCAAUUCGUUUCCGAGUGGUCAACAUCCUGAAGAACUGGUUCGAGACUUUCUGGAUGGAGGACAACCAGGAGGAAGACACAAAGACCUUGAUACGUGAUGUAUACAACUUUGCAAGGGAUACUGUCAAGUCAACAGAAACUCCUGGCUCAGCCCCACUGAUGGCCGUCCUCGACCAACGACUGAGUGGCAAGGAUGUUGGCAGGAGGCUGAUUCAGACGCAGAGUCAGCCAACCCCAGCACCCAUCAUGCCCAAGAACAUGAAGAAACUCAAGUUCCUCGACAUCGAUCCCACCGAGUUUGCGCGCCAGCUCACAAUAAUUGAGUCGAGGCUGUACGGCAAGAUCAAACCCACCGAGUGUCUCAACAAGCGGUUCCAAAAGAAGACGGUUGAGGGCCAGGCGCCGCCAGCGCCGAACAUCAAGGCACUUAUUGAUCACUCGAACCAGAUGACUAACUGGGUCGCCGAGAUGAUUUUGGCCCAAUCCGACGUCAAGAAGCGUGUCGUUGUCAUUAAACAUUUCGUUUCGGUUGCUGACAAAUGCCGGCAACUGAACAACUUCUCCACUAUCACAUCCAUCAUCUCAGCACUGGGUACAGCGCCAAUCGCUCGUCUCAAGAGGACCUGGGAUCAAGUCCCCCAGAAGUCACAAGCUGCGCUCGAAGCGCUGCGGAAGCUAAUGCUUAGCACAAAGAACUUUGCUGAAUACAGAGAGAGUUUGCACAUGGCAAAUCCUCCUUGCAUUCCUUUCUUUGGUGUCUACUUGACGGAUCUGACCUUCAUCGAGGACGGUAUACCCUCGAUCAUCAAGAAGACUACGCUGAUCAACUUUGCCAAGAGGGCAAAGACGGCCGAUGUGAUACGCGACAUCCAGCAAUACCAAAAUGUGCCGUACUCCCUUCAGCCUGUUACAGAGUUGCAAGACUAUAUUUUGAGCAACAUGCAAGCCGCCGGAGACGUGCAUGAGAUGUACGACAAGAGUCUGGUAAUAGAGCCACGCGAGAGGGAGGACGAGAAAAUCGUUAGGGUUCUGGCUGAGUCUGGAUUCCUCUGAGAGCACAGCCAACCGGUUGACAGACGGGAGCCUCGUGGCACACUGUCCACCCGGUCGCUUAGGUUGUGCAGUGACGACACUAUCCGACGGAUCGCGCGAGAAUGUUCAGCAUGCGCCGCGCCCUCCCGCUGCGUUACGCUGGACCUGCGCGCCAGGCAAGCAUCGGCCGUCGCUCUAAUCUCGGACUGCCAACGCUCUGCGAGGGCCAACUUGUCCGAGGUUGGGCACCAAGGGCGUUGAUCGCGCGUGAGAGACCCACUGCGGAAGGGACACCGUGGGGUGCCGGCGGGAAACGCACGUCGUGGCUGCCUCCACUCCCCGCCUGGUCCGACUCAGACGGGGUGCCACAACGCCUACCCCGUGCCACGAGCGUUGCGGCCGCGACUAGGUGGGCCGUGCUAGGUGAUUUGUGGCACAGAGGCAGCAGCCCUCCGCAUUCGGCACCGAGCCAGCAAUACCACCAUCGGGGAGGACGGCCGGGCCGUAUGGAUAGAAGGAUUCCUACCGGUUGGCUACCGGUUGGAGAGAUCGGAGUCUCAGCGACGAUUGUUGAUGAAGUAUCUUUGUCUCAUCAGGCUCCCGGUGUCAGAUGAGUAUCUGUAGCUGAAAAUGGGGCUGGCAGGUUCCAGGGGGGGGGAUAAGCUUUUCUUGGAUACGAAACCCCUUCAUAAUUCGAGGUGGACGGGACCAGAGAACAAACAAUUGGAGAAAGCAGCAAGGGCCCCGUUCAGUCUUUUGGGUUGCAUGGAAAGGGCUCGUGGGGACGUCCUUCAAUUAAGCGUUCGAUAUCCUGCGCUCGCGGCUGCAGAUGCUUGUACCAUCUGAUACCUUUGUACCGAUCACAGCGUGGGUGGGAAUCCUGUCAAUAUCAAUGACCUCUUUCGACGGCCUGAUGCUAGCUAUACUGCGCUGUGUUCUGGUGUGAUCUCGAUAUCCUACGCCAUCUCUGCUGUUCGAGAUAUGCUCACGUCAUACCACUUUUUGAAGCUACGAUGCAGACAGAAGAUAGCACACCUGAUGCUGCAGCGGCGCCCCCACCCCUUCUUCCCCUUUCCGAGUACAUGCUGACUUUAUGAGAGGAGUAUAUGUAUGACUGGGAGUGACGAACAACGGCGGUUUCGGGAUACCACUGGUAGAUCUGCUAUCCAGGUCUGGGAAGUAUACUACAAUCGACGACUUUUUGAAAGGUGGCAUUCCACGUUCCUAUCUAUCACCCACGCUAAACAGUCCAUUUUGGCCAAG